AUGGCUCAGCCGAUGGUGACUGCGAGUCACGAGGGCCACGGCGGAGUGCCGGCACCGUUUCUACCGCAGCUCCAGAGUCCGCUUCUCCGAUUACCUGGCGAGCUACGCAACAAGAUCUACGAGUACGCGCUGGAGGAUUCGAAACCGCCGCAGCUAUCAGACGCUAUACAAGACCCACGCAGCACGAUUACAUUUGUUCAAUAA